AUGGACUCGCAGAGCAGAUCAGGAUCAACGAAGCGAUGGCUGAUUCUUGUGGGACUCUUUGCCGUCGGAUAUUUUGACAUCGGAACGCUAAAAUCGCUGGGCGUGUUCCUUGAGGAAAUGACGGAAGAUUUGCAAACGUCUCUCGCUGUCGUCGGAGUAGCCAUUGGACUAUGUCAUGGCGUAGCAAAUUGCUUUGGGUUCGGUUUAAGCGUCGUCAUUUUGCCUUCUCACGCAUGUGUCAUUGACUACUUUCCAGAUCACUUCGAAAUCGCUACAACCAUUGUCCUCCUGGGCAGCGCUGUAGGUAUAAUGACGCUCCCAUUGCUUACAGAACAGCUCGUCAUGGCUUACUCCUGGAGAGGAGCGAUCCUUAUUCUAGGUGCCUUGAACUUUCAUUCGUGUGUGACGGGGCUACUAAUGGCGUCAAGUAGUCAACAAAGGCGUGUGUUAGGAGAACCUACAACGUUAGCCGGCAGAGCUCAGAUCGGGGAAGACCAUGAAGAAACUGUGUCCCUGAUAAACGAACACGCGAGCUUUGCCCAACAUACCAUAGAUGUUCAUCUUGAUGACGAUGAUGUUGGUGAUGGCAAUGACGAUGGGGUAUUUUGCUCUAUCGCCAUAAUUGCCAGAGCUGCCAAAAAGAUAUUCCUGGAUAUUUUCGAUAUCAAAGUCUUCCGUGAUUGCCCCCGCUUCAUCAUAGUCUGCAUGACUUUCUUUACUUUCGCCAUCUCCUUCUACGGGUGGAUUGUCUUCUUGAUUCCCAACGCCGAAGCCAAGGGUAUCAGCCCCGACAAAGCAGUCCUACUCGCAACCAUUGGCGGUGUUGCGAACAUCUUUGGAAGGCUCACAGUAGGUUUCCGGGCUGCAAGGGUCAAUCUGAAACCCCGGGUCACCUACUGCCUCAUCUCCGUCGUAUCAGCAGGGGCGUUCUUCUGUAAUUGCUUCACUAAAAGAUUUUCGAUUCUUAGCUGUUUUGCAGCUACGAAUGGCUUCGCAAUGGGUUGGAAAACCGUGAGUAGUAAUCUUCUGUGUAAGGACAGUGUCUCGGAGGAAAGGUACCCAGCUGCGAUGUCUUUCUCAUCACUCGCCUUUGGUAUAGGGGAGGCAGUCGGGGCGUUGUCCAUUGGGCUUCUUUACAAUAUCACCAAGUCAUUCGAUGUCAUUUUCUGUGUGCUUGGAGCAGCAAAUAUAUUGGAGUCCUGCAUCAUCAUUUCUCCCAUCAUCAAGGAUAGGAUGGUCGCCAUGGUUACCACCCGUUAA